AUGGACGAGGAACCGAGAUCCGGUACUGAUCAGGGUGGCGAGGUACGUUACCGUGGCGUUCGGCGUCGACCAUGGGGGAAAUUUGCGGCGGAGAUUCGUGACUCUUCGAGGCAUGGAGCUAGGGUUUGGCUUGGAACUUUCAACACGGCGGAGGAGGCCGCUCGAGCCUAUGAUCGAGCUGCCUAUGUCAUGCGUGGCCAUUUGGCUGUCCUGAAUUUCCCUGAUGAGUAUCCUUCUCUUGGUGGAAGCUCUUCUGGUUCUUCUUUGUCUGCUCCGGCGUCGAGGCGCCAAGGCUCGGGAGGACGCCAUGUGAUUGAAUUGGAAUGUCUGGACGAUAAGGUGCUCGAGGAGCUUCUUGAGUAUGAGGAGAAAAGGAAGAAGUGA